UGGAACACGGAAGUAAAUGUUUGCAGGGUAAACAUCGACCGCGGUUAAUGGGAGUCCACAGCAAAUAUUAUUUUCACUUACCCAUUUGCUCCAAGAGUUAAUUAAAAAUACAUUAUUACGUUUGAAUGACUUUCAGAAGAGGUAAAAAAUAGAAGGUGGCAAAUUUACUGUCACUCUCCCAGCAGAAAACCCCUUCGCAGCUCUGGUAAUUCAUUUUUUACAACUAAUUCCAAGGGCGCUGCCGGGUGAAUGCACUGGGCGUGUUUAUGAAGAUAAACAAGAGCUGGAUAUGAAAACUGUCAUGAACAGAUAAUGCUCAGUAACCGUCGUUCCUGCUCUACAAUAGGCCAUUUUCACUGAAGAGAUCACGUGUUUCAGUGUCAUGCAGUCUAAGGAGUGUCCACAUACUCCUGUUUUUUGCAACCCUUUUGGUUAACUGCUAAACUCUUACAUGAACUCAUGAAAUCUGGCUUUAAAGUGUAAUUUUCAACUGAUGAAAAUUAGAUAAGGACGAGGCUCGUAACCUUUUUUUUUUUUUUUUUGGUCGUCUUGCUCUCCUAAUAUAUGGGACAAUGUUGCGAAUGACAAGAUUUACUAUAAGUAAACUGCUGCAGUGCUCUCGUUCAGAACGUUUUUACCAUUUGCCUGAUAGGACAUCAAGAAUACUAUGGACAGGGCAAGUGUGUAAGAAUGGAGCAAUUGAUGUCCUUAAGUUGCCUGUGUAUGGAAGGAAUAUGUCUCAGCUUUCUUGUGUCAGAACUGGAGGGUUGUUUUUACCCAGGUGUGUGUGGACACACUCCAGACUCUCGAUUGCUCUCUAUAGCACAUCUACUGACUCCAAACAAUCCUCAAAGCCUGUGGGAAAUCAGGAGAGUAAAGUUAAGCCCUCAGAAAACUCAUUAUGGCUACUCUCAGAAGAUGUCAAGAAGUUGAUGCAACUGGCUUAUCCUCAGCGAUGGAGACUGACAGCUGGCUUGGGCUUUCUGGUGGUCGCCAGCACUGUCACCAUGUCUGCACCAUUUUUUCUGGGAAAAGUGAUUGACACUAUUUACACCAGCUCCACAGAAGACUUCACUGCCUCCCUUACCUCCCUCUGUAUCAUGCUUGCGGGGGUCUUCCUCUGCGGAGGGGCUGCAAAUGCUGCUCGUGUCUACCUCAUGCAAAUCUCAGGGCAGCAGAUUGUGCGAAACAUGCGUGAAUCCCUUUUCUCCUCAAUUUUGAAGCAGGAGGUGGGAUUCUUUGAUAAGACCAGAACUGGUGAGCUCAUUAACCGGCUUUCGGCAGACACGGCCAUCGUUGGACGCUGCCUCACUGACAACCUGUCUGAUGGGCUUCGGUCUUUUGCCCAGGCAGGGGCUGGAGUAGGCAUGAUGUUAUAUGUUUCACCCAGUCUGGCAGCAUUUGUGCUGAUGGUUGUUCCUCCCAUUGCCUGCCUGGCUGUAAUUUUUGGUAGAUACCUGCGUGCCAUAUCCAGACGCACACAGGAUGCAUUAGCUGAGGCCACACAGUUGGCAGAAGAGAGGAUUAGCAACAUGCGGACAGUUCGAGCAUUUGGAAAAGAGCUGACUGAGGUGCAGAAGUAUGCAGAAAAGGUCGACCAUGUUUUUGAACUAGCAAAGAAAGAGGCUGUGCUUUCCGCUGGAUUUUAUGGAGUGACGGGACUGAGUGGCAACGUCAUCAUUCUGAGUGUGUUGUAUAAGGGCGGUCUGCUGAUGGCCAGUGAAGCCAUGAGUGUUGGGCAGCUCUCCUCUUUCCUUAUGUAUUCCUUCUGGGUGGGCAUCAGCAUUGCAGGUUUCAGCUCAUUCUACUCAGAGCUGAUGAAGGGGCUUGGUGCUGGGACUCGUCUGUGGGAACUCAUGGACAGAAAGCCUGAAUUUCCCCUCAAUGAAGGGCUUGUGUUAAGACCAGAGCAGUUAAAAGGAGAACUGGAGUUUCGUAAUGUGACGUUUGCUUACCCAACGAGGAAGGAUUCACCCAUCUUUCAGGAUCUAAGUCUGUCUAUACCAGCAGGGUCAAUAAUGGCAGUUGUGGGACCCAGUGGCUCGGGCAAAUCCACUCUGGUGUCACUUUUAGUCCGCCUGUACGACCCUGACUCUGGUAUGGUCACAGUUGAUGGCCGUGAUGUACGAGACUUGAAUCCUUAUUGGCUGAGGAGUCAUAUUGGUAUAGUAAGCCAGGAGCCGGUUCUUUUCUCCUGUUCCAUUGCUGAGAACAUUGCUUACGGAGCAACAGACUCAAGUCAAGUCACAGCACAAGACAUCUACAGAGCAGCACAGAACGCCAAUGCUCAUGACUUCAUCCAGGGCUUCCCUAAGGGCUAUGAUACAGUGGUAGGAGAAAAGGGUGUACUGCUGUCAGGUGGACAAAAACAAAGAGUUGCUAUAGCACGAGCCCUGCUAAAGAAUCCCAAGAUACUUUUAUUGGAUGAAGCCACAAGUGCCCUGGAUGCCGAGAAUGAGUUCCUGGUACAGGAGGCGUUGGAGCGGCUGAUGCAUGGUCGCACUGUGAUGAUCAUCGCUCACCGUCUCUCCACCAUCCAAAGCGCUGAUGCUGUGGCUGUGCUGGAUCAGCACCAUGUAGUGGAGAUCGGCAGCCAUGCUCAGCUCCUUGCCAACAACCAGGGGCUCUUCCGUAAACUGAUGGAGAAGCAGGCCUUCCUGCAGGCUGAGCAGAAACAGGCUCUCUUCAAAUAG